AAACUUUUGCGAACUUGCUAAUGUUUCUGCAUUUUGCGUGUAUUUUUUUUAAUAAACUUUUCUGAAAAAACAUUCAAUCCUUAACUUUUGUUGAGUUUGCUUUGUCUAAGGACUAUUUCAGAACAUGCCCUGUUUUCUUGUUUUGACAGCCGAUAUCCGUGUCCACGAGUUCUUCAAUACACCGUAUUUCAAGAAAGGUAUCAAGAUGACCCUUCACAAGUUAUCAAGAUUCUGUAGCCUUUCGGUUGUAACGUCUCGGCAGAAUGUGAUUAAGGACCAUACAAUUGAGUGGUUAGAGAAGCACUAUCCUGGACUUUUCCAGGAGAUUCACUUUGGCAACCAUUUUGCUCUUGACCGCAAGUCUAGACCUAAAUCAGAAAUAUGCCGGUCAUUAGGAGCCAAAAUUCAUAUCCUUGAAUUCCAUGCUUGUACUCCCUCAUUUUGCCAUAUUUGA